AUGCAAGGAGACGAAGCAGAGUUUGAAUAUACACCAGGUUUAUUAGAGACUCCAUCGAUGAUGACGCCAAAUAUUGUUUUACAUGCAUCAAUGAAAUCAGUAUUCAAUACGGCACUUGCAAAUAUUCCUAACCCACGUGAUACUAUGUCAACGUCUAAUUCAUCACCAGUGCUAACAACUAGUAGUGAGACACAAUCACCUAUAUCAACAGCUGAUGUAAAAGUAUCAAAAAUAGAAGAUGAACUUAAAUUGAGUUUUUCUGAACCACGUAAACCAACACCAUCACCAUUUCAAAAAAUGUCUUCAACGAAUGUUUUUAAUUUGGAUAAACCUCCUACUGUCAUAACUAAUGAUGAUGGAACAACAAUUGAAAUACCAUCAACAGCCGAUGUUGUCAAAGAAUUAGAAGCACUUACAAAUACAAAUCCAUUACAAUUUCAAGUAAAACUAUUGAAUAAUAAUGAUAAUCAUGAACGUGAAAUAACAGCAACCAUGAACGGUGAUAAUAUUCGUUAUGAUUCACCUCCAACAUUAAAUAUGGGUAUUGUAUCACCGAAAAAGAAGUUUCUUAUACGAAGUCAAUCCCAUACUGAACCAAUGUCACCAAUAAUAAUUAAUAAUAAUUUGUCUCAAUCUCAAAAGCCCAAUAAUGAUAAUAGUAUUUUAAAUUUACAAAAUGGUCUUGAUGAUGAGAAUUCAAUAGAUGAUCCUAUUGGUAAUCAUUUUACGCGGGUAUCAGAUAUACCAACAAUAGCACAUUCUAAUAAUACAAAUAUUGAUAACAAUCAACAAUUUAAACCUAUCAUUGAUAAUAGACAUGAGCAUCAUCUAAAUAUACAAUUUAAAAAUGAACAUAAUAUGAUGCCUCAUUCGGUUCUUAAACAACAACAACAAAUUGUAAUUAAUUCUAAUAAUAAUAAUAAUAAUAAUAAUCAUAAUAAUGAUAAUAAUCCCAAACGAACAUUUCAAUCGACUAAUAUUGGUAAUAAUAUUCCAGCACUAACAAAAGCAAAUACAAUUGUUAUGCCACAAGCACCAGUAAAUGAGGUGACAUCAACUGAUCAAUUAUCAACUGCAAAACGACAACGAACUGCUCCAGAACAAAUGAAUCCAACAGUUAUGAAUUUUCGUUCAACAUUUCCAACAUCAGCAGUAUCAGCAGCAGCGACAAAUACAUUAACAUCAACUACGACAACGAAUGGUUCCAAUGGAAAUGGUGGAUCUGACGAUCAACGUAAGAAACAGAUUCGUGAUAGUAAUCGAGAAGCAGCAAGACGGUGUCGAGAACGUCGUCGACAAUAUAUUGAACAACUUGAAGGAAAUUUAGAACAACAUAAAGCUCAAAUAAAACAAUUAAAUGACAAAUUAGCUCGUGUUGAACGUGAAAAUACACAAUUACGGGCUAUACUUUCUGAAACAAAACUUCUUCAUCCAGCAUCACGUAUUUCAGCGAAUGAAUCGCAUGUUGAGUAUGCUAAUGUUGUUAAUGCAACUGGAAUGAAUAUUAAUUCCGAAUCAAACCAUCAAAUUGAUGGAAGAACAAUACAAAGAAGUUAUAUUGAUAGAAAUAAUCUUUAG